UCCGCCGGGAGCAGCCCCCGGGCGCGCUGAGCCCUCCCGCCCCGGCCCGCCACACGCGGGGCCGGCCGGAGCACGCGGCUCCAGAGUUCCCGCACAGUUCUAGGUUAUCAGUGCUACCUGUUCCCUGGAAACCCACUCUGCGUUCCUGCCAGAGGUGGCCGCCCCUCGGUGCCAGCUAAGAAGAGGCCCUCAGCCCUCCCCAGGUGUGGGAGAGCCCUGGUAGGCGACCCAUUCAGGAGCCCUUCCUCCACCCCUGCUCCGCUUCUCCAGGGCCAGUAGAAGCAGACACCAGCCAGGAUGCCGCGGAACCAGGGCUUCUCCGAGCCCGAGUACUCGGCCGAGUACUCAGCCGAGUACUCCGUCAGCCUGCCCUCUGACCCUGACCGUGGGGUAGGCCGGACCCACGAAAUCUCUGUCCGGAACUCGGGGUCCUGCCUGUGCCUGCCUCGCUUCAUGCGGCUGACCUUCGUGCCCGAGUCCCUGGAGAACCUCUACCAGACCUACUUCAAAAGGCAGCGCCACGAGACCCUGCUGGUGCUGGUGGUCUUCGCAGCCCUCUUUGACUGCUACGUGGUGGUCAUGUGCACUGUGGUCUUCUCCAGCGACAAGCUGGCUCCCCUCGCCGUGGCCGGCAUUGGGCUGGUGUUGGACAUCAUCCUCUUCCUGCUCUGCAAAAAGGGGCUGCUCCCUGACCGGCUCACCCGGAAGGUGGUGCCCUACCUGCUGUGGCUGCUGCUGACAGCCCAGAUCUUCUCCUACCUGGGCCUGAACUUCACUAUUGCUCACGCGGCCAGCGACACGGUGGGCUGGCAGGCCUUCUUUGUCUUCUCCUUCUUCAUCACGCUGCCCCUCAGCCUCAGCCACAUCGUGGUCAUCUCUGUGGUCUCCUGUGCUGUGCACACGCUGGUCUUGGGGGUCACCGUGGCCCAGCAGCAGCAGGACCAGCUGAAGGGGAUGCAGCUGCUCAGGGAGAUCCUGGCCAACAUCUUCCUCUACCUGUGCGCCAUCGUCGUGGGCAUCAUGUCCUACUACAUGGCCGACCGCAAGCACCGAAAGGCCUUCCUGGAGGCCCGCCAGUCGCUGGAGGUGAAGAUGAACCUGGAGGAGCAGAGCCAGCAGCAGGAGAACCUCAUGCUUUCCAUCCUGCCCAAGCACGUGGCCGACGAGAUGUUGAAGGACAUGAAGAAAGACGAGAGCCAGAAGGACCAGCAGCAGUUCAACACCAUGUACAUGUACCGCCACGAGAACGUCAGCAUCCUCUUCGCUGACAUCGUGGGCUUCACCCAGCUGUCGUCCGCCUGCAGUGCCCAGGAGCUCGUGAAGCUGCUCAACGAGCUCUUUGCCCGCUUCGAUAAGUUGGCAGCCAAAUACCACCAGCUGCGGAUCAAGAUCCUGGGCGACUGUUACUACUGCAUCUGCGGCCUGCCCGACUACCGGGAGGACCACGCCGUCUGCUCCAUCCUCAUGGGGCUCGCCAUGGUGGAGGCCAUCUCGUAUGUGCGGGAGAAGACCAAGACCGGGGUGGACAUGCGUGUGGGGGUGCACACGGGCACCGUGCUGGGGGGCGUUCUGGGCCAGAAGCGCUGGCAGUACGACGUGUGGUCUACCGACGUCACUGUGGCCAACAAGAUGGAGGCCGGUGGCAUCCCUGGGCGCGUGCAUAUCUCCCAGAGCACCAUGGACUGCCUGAAAGGAGAGUUCGACGUGGAGCCGGGCCACGGGGGCAGCCGCUGCGAUUACCUGGAGGAGAAGGGCAUCGAAACCUACCUCAUCAUCGCGUCCAAGCCAGAGGUGAAGAAAACGGCCACCCAAAAUGGCCUCAACGGCUCGGGCCUGCCGAACGGAGCCCCGACUUCCUCCAAGCCCAGCUCCCCGGCCCUCAUCGAGACCAAGGAGCCCAAUGGGAGCGUCCACGCCGGUGGUUCCACGUCGGAGGAGCCCGAGGAGCCGGACGCCCAGGCCGACAACCCCUCGUUCCCCAACCCUCGCCGGAGGCUGCGCCUUCAGGACCUGGCCGACCGGGUGGUGGACGCCUCCGAGGACGAGCACGAGCUCAACCAGCUACUCAACGAGGCCCUGCUGGAGCGAGAGUCUGCCCAGGUGGUGAAGAAGAGAAACACCUUCCUCCUGUCUAUGCGCUUCAUGGACCCCGAGAUGGAAACCCGCUACUCAGUGGAGAAGGAAAAGCAGAGUGGGGCCGCCUUCAGCUGCUCCUGCGUCGUCCUGCUGUGCACGGCCCUGGUCGAGAUUCUCAUUGACCCCUGGCUUAUGACAAACUACGUGACCUUUGUGGUUGGGGAGAUUCUCCUCUUGAUUCUGACCACCUGCUCGCUGGCUGCCAUCUUUCCCCGGGCCUUUCCUAAGAAGCUUGUGGCCUUCUCCACUUGGAUCGACCGGACCCGCUGGGCCAGGAACACCUGGGCCAUGUUAGCCAUCUUCAUCCUGGUUAUGGCAAAUGUCGUGGACAUGCUGAGCUGUCUCCAGUACUACGCGGGACCCGGCAACGCGACGGCAGGGACGGAGGUGGAGGGCGGCUGCCUGGAGAACCCCAAGUAUUACAACUAUGUCGCCGUGCUGUCCCUCAUCGCCACCAUCAUGCUGGUGCAGGUCAGCCACAUGGUGAAGCUCACGCUUAUGCUACUUGUCACGGGUGCUGUGGCCACCAUCAACCUCUAUGCCUGGCGUCCCAUCUUUGAUGACUAUGACCACAGACGUUUUCAGGAACACAGCUAUUCUGUGAUGGCCUCAGAGAAGAUGCGGAUCUUCUCCGCCCCUGGGCUCAAUGGCACUGACAGGCUGCCGCUGGUGCCUUCCAAGUACUCGAUGACAGCGAUGAUGCUCGUCAUGACGCUGAGCUUUUACUACUUCUCCCGCCACGUGGAGAAACUGGCACGGACAUUAUUCUUGUGGAAGAUCGAGGUCCACGACCAGAAGGAACGUGUCUAUGAAAUGCGACGCUGGAAUGAGGCCUUGGUCACCAACAUGUUGCCUGAACAUGUGGCACGCCAUUUCCUGGGGUCCAAGAAGAGAGAUGAGGAGCUGUACAGCCAGUCGUAUGAUGAGAUUGGAGUCAUGUUUGCCUCCCUGCCCAAUUUUGCUGACUUCUACACAGAGGAGAGCAUCAACAAUGGUGGCAUUGAGUGUCUGCGCUUCCUCAAUGAGAUCAUCUCGGAUUUUGACUCCCUCCUGGACAACCCCAAAUUCCGAGUCAUCACCAAGAUCAAAACCAUUGGCAGCACCUACAUGGCAGCUUCAGGAGUCACCCCAGACGUCAACACCAAUGGCUUUACCAGCUCCAGCAAGGAGGACAAGUCUGACAAGGAGCGCUGGCAGCACCUGGCCGACCUGGCCGACUUUGCCCUCGCCAUGAAGGACACACUUACGAACAUCAACAACCAGUCCUUCAACAACUUCAUGCUGCGCAUAGGCAUGAACAAAGGAGGGGUUUUGGCUGGGGUCAUUGGAGCCCGGAAACCACACUAUGACAUCUGGGGCAACACGGUUAACGUGGCCAGCAGGAUGGAGUCCACGGGGGUCAUGGGCAACAUUCAGGUGGUGGAAGAAACACAAGUCAUCCUUCGAGAGUAUGGCUUCCGCUUUGUGAGGCGAGGUCCCAUCUUUGUGAAGGGGAAGGGGGAGCUGCUGACCUUUUUCUUGAAGGGACGGGACAAGCCAGCUGCCUUCCCCAACGGCUCCUCUGUCACACUGCCCCACCAGGUGGUAGACAACUCCUGAGGUCCCACAACAAUCCAAACGGGAAGGGAGAAUUUAUUUUUUUUAAUCAGAGAAAGGCCUUGGGACAGGACAAAUUACCAAGUCCCGACAUUCCUGAAUUGUUUAAGUGCACACUCACAUAGACUUAGGUUUUAAAAAUCUCCUCAAGCCUUCAUUUGUUUGUGGACGUGUGAGCUCUGAGGGCAGCCAUACUAUUCCUCAGUGUGCCUGCAGUGUCCCCCGAGCAGGGGUCUUAGGCGUAGUGCUGGAACAGUCCUUUCAGAGCCCUCGAUCCAACCCAGCCCUUCUCGCCCCAGACAGGCCCUGGCCACUGUGAGCAGGAGGGCGGCAGAGGCAGAGGGAGCUGCCUUUGCUGCACAGCGAGGAAGCUCUGCUCCAGAGGGGGCGGGGCGGGGCAUGUGCCAGAGACGCUCUGCUCCCAGCUGGAACUUGAGAGCAGCGCUUUUCACUCUGGAGAGAGCUACGCUGGAGCCCUGGUUGUCUCCGCCUGGUCCGAUUAGGUGGAAAUGGCCCUAGUCCUGGCGUUCCUGAUAAUCUUGAAAGGUUCUUCUGGAACCCCUGUCACCUUAAGUCAUGAGAGCAGAAAGUGCAAUAUUUCCUUUCACCUGGUGGGGGGAGGGGAAUUUAUUUCUGAAAGAAAAAUAUAUAAACAGAUCUUCUACAUUUAUAUUUUUAACCUUCUGUUUAAAAAUACUUUCCGAUAUUGCCUUGCCUUUUGAGCUCUUGCUACAGUCACCUUUGCUACUGCUUUAAAAGAGAAUUUACAGGUAUUGAUAAAGAACAAGACUGUUUUAUUAAAAGCUUUAUUCAACUUGAA